CAAUGGCAAGACACAGCAUUCCCUGCAUUCGAGACAACAACGCAGAAGAUUUAAUUAGAAAUAUGGCUCAUUUUUACGGAAUCCACUUAGGUAUGUUGGUCAUCUUGGUUUUAUGUUUCACAUGGACGAAUGCAUCAGCCCUUCCUGCAAACGACCAGCUGGAUAUGCAAUUGGAAAACUAUGUGAAAAAUCCUAAAAUAUCGGCUGACAAUAAGUUUGGACCGGAAGGUGAAGCUAAGGAACGACAGCCCGGAUGCUCUUGGAAUGGAUCGGCACCUUUCUGCCGAGGAUACUGCAAUUCUCAGGUUUACAAAACCGUUACAUCCGACCGGUGUGGAGACGGCAAAUGCUGUCUAACGGGCACAAAAAAAUAUUGUUGCCCCAAAUAAAUGUAUUCAUGAAUUGGUUAAAAUCAAGUGACUGCUUUAAUUGAAAAACCUAUUAAAUGAGUGGAGGUAUUAUUCCUUAUCCACAUUACCAUUAAAGCGUUGUUUGAGAAUAAAACAAAUAUAAAAAAGAAUACCUUGAGCAGUUGUAGGUUGGAGCAUUUCCAGAUUAAAUACACUACAACAACCAUUUGAAGAA